AUGAGCAGUCUUGCAUUGCUGAAGCUGAUAUGUACGGUUAUCUUCCUUGGAUGGAUGGUGGUUUGGAUUUUAUUGCCUUUGGAAAAAUUUAAGUACAAUUGGCUUCCUAUCCUUGAUAAAAACUUCAAUCCCUCAUACAUUGGAGCCCAAGGAGUAAAUCUUUUCUUGCUCACAUUUCCUGUGAUGCUAAUCUCUGUUCUUGGCUGCAUUUACCUCCAUAUCAAGAACAAAAACAAUGAUUCCUCCUUCAAAAGUACUAAUAAUACUUCAUCAAAGAAGCAUAAGACAAUGUUAAGACGUCCUCUUCUAGUAAUGGGACCUCUAGGAGUUGUAACAACAAUGGAGCUCUUGUUUCUUAUUAUGGGGAUUGCACUUGUGUGUUGGCACUUCGGCCAUUACUACUAUGUCAGCGUUAAGCAUCCUUUCAUGGGCCAUGGUCGGGAGCAUCAGAAAAAGUGGCAAAUAACAUUCCGGACUGUAUCACUAAGACUUGGUUAUGCAUCAAACAUAUCAUGGGCAUUUGUAUUCUUUCCGGUAAUAAGAUUAUCAUCAAUUUUGCCAUUGUUUGGUAUGACUUAUGAGUCAAGCAUCAAGUACCAUAUCUGGAUUGGCCAAGUUGUCAUGAUAACUUCUGCCUUACAUAGUGCUGGUUUUUUCAUCUAUUGGGCUAUUGUUAACACUAUGAGUGAGGCAUUGGCUUGGAGCAAAACUCAUGUGUCAAACAUAGCAGGAGAGGUAUCAUGGGUAUUUUUGAUAGCAAUGUGGAUCACAAGCUUUGCAUACACAAGAAGAAAGACAUUUGAAGUGUUCUUUUAUACACAUCAACUUUACACUUUAGCUACAUUAUUCUAUGUCAUACAUAUAGGGGUUUCAUGGACGAUGCAGAUUCUUCCUGGGCUUUAUCUAUUCACUCUUGAUCGAUACUUAAGAUUCUUACAAUCACGUUCUAACGCAAGGCUUCUCUCUGUUCGUGUUCUUCCUGGUGGCACUCUUGAAAUGACUUUCUCUAAGGGUCGAGGUGUACGUUACAACGUGACAAGUAGCUUAUUUGUGUGUGUGCCAAAAAUAUCGUCAUUACAAUGGCACCCAUUUACAGUGAGCUCAAAUGAUAAUAUGGAACCUGAUAAAAUCAGUAUUGUUUUGAAAACUGGAGGUACCUGGACAAACAAGUUAUACAACGAAAUCUCUUCUUCUAUUGAUAGGCUUGAAGUCUCAGUGGAAGGACCAUAUGGCCCAGCUUCUACCGAUUUCCUUAAGCAUGAUUCAUUGGUGUUAAUUAGUGGUGGAAGUGGAAUAACCCCAUUUGUAUCCAUAAUUAGAGAGUUAAUACAUCAAUCAAAUACUAAAAAGGGUCCGACCCCAAAAGUUGUUCUUAUUUGUGCCUUUAAAACUGCAGCUGAUCUAACCAUGCUUGAUCUCUUGCUUCCUGCUGAAAGCACUUCUGCUGAUCUUUCAAACAUCCAUCUAGAAAUUCAGGUUUAUAUAACCCGAGAAGACGCCCCGCCCGCACCCGACAACCAAACCAUGGUGGUUCAAACCAAAUGGUUCAAGCCAAGCCCAUUAGACUCACCCAUUACCCCAAUUUUAGGCCCUAAUAGUUGGUUAUGUCUUUGCCUAAUAAUAUCUUCUUCCUUUAUCCUUUUCCUUGUUUUACUUGGUUUGGUGACUCAAUACCAUAUUUACCCUAUAGAUAAAGGAACCAAUAAAACAUACCAUUUUACCAUUUGGGUUCUUUGGGAUGUUUUUCUUAUGUGCAUUAGCAUAAUCUUUAUAAGUAGUAUUGUGUUUUUGAAGCAAAAGAGAAAAAUUGGGCUAGAAGAGAAGCAAGUAAAAAAUGUGGAAGUGCCAAGUGCAAUCACUUCUCCGGGAUCUUGGUUUGGUGGUGGUGGUGGUGAGCUUGAAAGUCUUCCUUAUCAAUCUCUUGUUCAAGCUACCCAAGUGCAUUAUGGUGGGAGGCCUAAUGUUCAAAAAAUAUUGUUAGAUUGCAAAGGAGAGGAUAUUGGAGUCAUGGCCUCAGGACCAAGGGGGUUGAGACAUGAUGUUGCAAGAGUUUGCUCAGGUUGUGGAGCAACAAAUCUGAAUUUCGAGUAUCUUAGCUUCAACUGGUGA